GUAGAGUUUAGUAAUUGGUUGACUCAGCUGGUCGGCACCUGGGUCGUCUGCCAGGACACACAACUGAAGGAUUUAACUCUUAUUUAAAUUAGUUAUGGCGGUGUUAUACAGACUGAAGAGUGCUAUACAUGGUAGACACAUGACAAGUUUAACUGUUUUGUGUCAGAAGUUACCUGUUCCAAUACAACCUUUAGCAUUUGCAACACAGAUACGAAACAUGUCACGAGUGAAGCGUAGACACAGUCAGCCACCAUUCUGGCUGCCCAAAACCACAAGAACUAUGUACCCUGAAGAAUUGACUCCUGAGAAUGAGUCCUAUGUGAGUGAGGUCAUCGCUGAUCAAUAUUCCUCACCACUAAAGUCAGACCCUUGGGAAAGAGGUGCUUGGCACGAAAAAUCAAUAAGAUGUGGAGUUAUUGCACGAAAGAUUGGCAUCUAUCCAAUGUGGACCAAAAAUGGGACGAGGCUAUUGACAACAUUGUUACAAGUAACAGACAACCAUGUGAUUAAAUACAUACCACCAGAAGACUUAAUGGAGACUGAGAAGAAAGCCAACAGACUUAGACCAACUGCUGCAUUAAUUGUUGGGGCUGAUGCAGCAGAUCCCAGGAUGGUCACAAAGGAGUUCUUCAGUUUGUUUUCUGAAACAGGAAUUCUUCCUAAAAAGAAACUAAGUAAAUUUCUCAUCACACCCAAUGCAAAGUUAGCUCCAGGCACUCCGCUGUAUGCUUCUCAUUUCCGACCUGGGAAUUAUGUUGAUGUUGCUGGUGUCACGAUUGACCGAGGAUUCCAGGGUGUAAUGAAGAGAUGGGGUUUCAAAGGAAUGCCAGCCUCACAUGGAGUAACUAAGAGUCACCGGCGAGGAGGAACUAUUGGUAGUGGUGGUGAGAAGGCUCGAGUGCUGCCUGGCCAGAAAAUGCCCGGGCACAUGGGCAGAGAAAGAAGAAUACUCAAAGGCCUUAAGGUAUGGCGCAUCAACACACACUACAAUGUUCUGUGGGUUAGUGGUCCUGCCAUCCCAGGGUCAACUGGUUCUUAUGUGUACAUUUACGACUCUUUUCUUCCUACUCGGAAAUACACUGCAGAAAACCAUCCUCCAUUUCCAACAUUAUUUCAGGAUGAACAAGAAAUCGACGAGGAAUUGUAUGAUCCAGAUUUACAUGUAUUUUCUGAACCAGCAAUUUCAUUUGCUGACGAAAAAUAAAUUCCUUGAUAUUCAUCAUGACAAAAGGGAAUAUUAGGUGUGCUUACUAUAUUUGUAUUGCAUGACAUUUUAUUUGAAAAAAAUAAAUAAAAAGAUGUAUAUAAA